AUGCCGCCAAGCUCAACUGGUAAUCGAGCAUCUUCAUCGAAGCAAGCACAAACAAGACGCAAGACAGGAAAACCAAAUUCAACUGGGGACAAAAAUGUCAAGUCUUGUUUUGCAAAUUCAAAUACUGGUGUGCUCCUAGGAACAGCGCGCGUAAAUAUACAUUAUAAUGGAACCGAUUUUUCUGCAAGAGCUCUUAUUGAUUCCGGGUCUGAGUGUUCCUUUAUAACGGAAAGACUCAAACGCCGAAUCAACCUGCCAUCCAAAAGGUUGCAUGCCCAAGUUUCCGGCAUCACAAAUUCCAUAUCGGCGCAGGUCAAAGAAGCAUGCAAUAUGGAAAUACGGUCACCGAUUGACCCAUUAUUCCGGUCGAAUACCACUGUGCUUGUCUUAGCACAACUAACUGGAAAUCUUCCAACUACCCAUAUUAGCGCUGAAACUAAACAAGCAUUCCCAGAUUUGGUUUUGGCCGAUAAAAGGUUCUUUGUUAAUGAGCAAGUGGACCUUGUGCUUGGAGGAGAUAUUUAUCCAGAAAUCAUUUUGAGCGGCUUGAAGAAAAAUGUACUUAAUACUCUUCUAGCCCAAGAAACCGUGUUCGGUUGGAUAUUAACCGGCCGCCCAGAUGCAACAAGUGCAACCAAUCAUAUUGCUUCAUACUUUAGCGAAGUCGCCUUGGAUAAGCAGCUUACUGCGUUCUGGGAAGUAGAGGAUCUGCCGAAGAGCAAAAGCCUAAGUGAGGAAGACAAGUACUGUGAGGAGUUGUACAAGAAUACAACUCAACGUACCAAAGACGGGAAAUAUGUAGUUUCGCUACCAUUCAGGCAGGAUUUUCCAGAGAAUGUCUGCCUAGGACCCUCCCUAAAAAGAGCGUGCUCACAAUUUUUCCGACACGAGACGCGAUUGGCCAAGGAUCCUGGACUACAAAAGGAAUAUAACAGGGUAUUAUCGGAAUACGAAUCGUUAGGGCAUAUGUCAAAGCUAAUUAAAUAA